CUAAAGUUAGAGGGAAAGACGUACUCACCUCUAAACGUAGGGGUUAAUGGACGAAAAAUGGGACGGAUGAACGGAUGGACGAUGAAUGCGAAUGGCCUCACGCGCGAGCCUUCUUCUCUUCUUCCUUCUCCCUCACCUCCUCAUCAGAAUGGUCUCCUCGCCUGGCUGCCUUAGCCAAACACAAAGGAUUUGAAGGACCGAGGGAAAGGGCAGGAGCAGCGGCAGAAGGAGCCGCCGCCGCCGCGUUGAGGAACCACCGCCGCCGCAGUUGCCGGGUAGGACGUCGCGAGCAGCAGGCCGCGCCGCCCAGGACCCACUUCCCAAUUCGCCGCCCCGUCGUUCUGAUCGCAGAGAAGGUAUCGCCGCCCUCCGUCCAGCCCUCAACCGCCGUUCGCGAGCAGUCAUUUGAGAUGGCAGAAGAUGGAAAGUUCCGAAUUGAGAACUUCGAUGGUACAGAUUUUAGUUGGUGGAAGAUGCAAAUUGAAGAUUUGCUGGUACAGAAAGAUUUGGACAUGGUAUUGGGUGACAAGCCAGAAAAGAUGUCAGAUGCAGAUUGGGCAGGUUUGGAUCGGAAAGCAAUGUCCGUGAUCCGUCUCUCGUUGACCAAGAAUGUUGCGUUCAACAUUCUAAAGGAGAAGACAGCGAAGGGAAUUAUGGAAGCGCUGUCUAAUAUGUACGAGAAACCAUCUGCAGCUAACAAAGUUUUUCUGAUUAGAGAGCUGGUGAAUACAAGGAUGAGAGAAGGCACUUCAGUUACCGAGCAUAUCAACAAGUUGAAUUCGAUCUUAGCCAGACUUGCGUCAGUGGGCAUUAAGUUCGAUGAUGAAGUUCAAGCUUUGCUACUGCUAUCGUCUUUGCCUGAUAGUUGGUCCGGAACGGUUACAGCGGUUACCGGUUCAGUGGGGCCUAAUGGAUUCACCUUUGAUCAGAUUCGAGAUCUCAUUCUUGGCGAGGAUGUCAGAAGAAAGAGUUCAGGGGAGUCAUCUGGUGAAUUACUUCAUGUUGGUAGAGGCAGAAGAAAUAGCAGAGGUAGUGGGAGCAAGAACAGACAAAGGAGUCAGUCGAAGACUCGUGACAGCUCAGGUGUAACGUGCUGGAAAUGCAAGGAGGUAGGGCAUUUUAGGAAUCAAUGUCCGAAUGAUAAGAAAGUAAACAUUGCUCAAGGCUCUGCGAGUGACGAGGAGGUCGCUCUGACUUGCUCUGAGGAAAGCAAUGUGGAUUCCUGGGUCAUGGAUUCUGGUGCUUCAUUUCAUGCUACCCACAGCGGUGAAGCAUUGCAGAAUCUAGUUGUUGGAGAUUUUGGAAAGGUACGACUAGCAGACGACAGAGCUCUUGAGGUGACGGGCAUGGGUGACAUGGUGUUGAAGACCCCAGUCGGUCUCUGGACUUUGAAGGAUGUUAGAGUGGUUCCAGCCUUGAAGAAAAGUUUGAUUUCCGUCAGGCAGUUGGACGAACAGGGACACGAGGUUAAGUUCAGAGAUGGGAAGUGGAAGGUCGUGAAGGGAAAUCUUGUCAUGGCCCGCGGAAGGAAGAGUGGUUCGUUGUAUUUGGUCGAGUUACCAUCUGAGGGAGUGACCGCCCCAGUUCAGAAGAGAAACAAAGUCCGGUUCACAGAGUCUCGUGGGCAGAAUAAGGUUGUCUGUGCAAGAGAGAAACCUAGAGCCACUGGUCAGACUCAGGAUGAACGAGCGUGGAAAGGUUUAAGGGGGCCAGUCAGAGGUAUUUAUGGUAGUGGGAGCUCAAGAGGCGCUUCAGCCAAGUUGCCUAGAAGACAGUGGGUCAGGAGAACCAGUAUUCCAGCUGUUGGAACAUCUCCAGAAAAUUUCUUGCUGAGUAUGGAGAGUGUUUGUUCUCAGGAUGUUCCAGGAUCCGGUAGUGUGCGUCUGCAGUGGGAGCCGGUAGGGACCGAGGACGAGUCAGGGGCAGAUUUUGCCGUGAAUGAUGUGUUGGAGCUUGGGAGAGCUUCAACGGGCCUUUCAGUUGUCUGAUGAUAGGGCCGCUGCAACAGGAGAGCUGAAGAAGAUUACUCAAUGUACAGGCGAUCGUGGCGGAUGGCAGUUGAUGUUUAUCAAGCCUCCAAGUGGGAGAAUGUUGGGCUUUGUGGAGGCUUGUUUGUCGGCCCGGCCCAGUUGGGCGUAGCCCUAGUUUUUUUUUUCCCUAUAUAUAUAGAGGGCUUGUACUUGUAAUCUACACCACAAGUGAAAUAAGAAAUUCCUCCUGUUGCAGCCGUGGAUUAGGGAAACCG